AGCCAUGGAGGGCGAGGGCGGCGCGUCGGUUCUCUGCCUCUUCGACGUGGACGGCACCCUGACCGCGCCUCGGCAGAAAAUCACCCCCAAGAUGGCAGAUUUCCUCCAGGCUUUGCGGCAGAAGGUGAAACUCGGCGUGGUGGGUGGCUCAGACUUUGAAAAGAUCCAAGAGCAACUGGGGGAAGACGUGGUUGGAAAAUACGACUAUGUUUUCCCAGAAAAUGGUCUGGUGUCAUACAAAGAUGGAGAACUUAUUGGGAAACAGAGCAUCCAAGACCAUCUGGGGGAAGACCUGCUCCAGGAUUUGAUCAACUACUGCCUGAGCUACAUUGCAAAAAUUAAGCUCCCCAGGAAAAGGGGAACUUUCAUUGAAUUCCGAAAUGGGAUGCUGAAUGUUUCCCCCGUUGGCAGGAGCUGCAGCCAAGAGGAACGGAUGGAGUUUUUUGAGCUCGACAAGAGGGAACAUAUCCGGGACAGAUUUGUUGCUGAUUUACAACAUGACUUUGCAGGGAAAGGCCUUACAUUUUCCAUAGGAGGCCAGAUCAGCUUUGACGUCUUCCCCAACGGUUGGGACAAACGGUACUGCUUGGGAAUUGUUGCCCAGGACAACUUCGAAAAGAUCUAUUUCUUUGGAGAUAAGACCAUGCCGGGAGGAAACGACUACGAAAUUUACACGGACCCCAGAACCAUUGGGCACAGCGUCUCUUCACCGGAGCGAACGAGAGAGAUAUGCGAAGCCUUGUUUUUCAAAUAGAUUGCGGGCUGCUUUUGCACCGAAGGGACGUACUGGGUUCAGGACCAUGACUGGAAACCAGAUCCUGGAAAUCGGGGGAAAGGGUUAGGAUAGCGUCCGAACUGUAGGGGGGGGAGGAGGGAGGGAAGGAGCUCCAAUUAUCCCAUCCGUCCGCUCGGCUGUUCUGAGCUCACAUAUUGCACUGUGCUAUGCUUCCUUCCCCUCUGUUUAAGGAAGGAACAGCAUAAGAGCCGGGAUUGCGCAGUGGUUAGAGUGCAGUACUGCAGGCUAUUUAUGCUGACU